UCUCUCUGAGUUAUAGUCGUUCCCCGUUCAUCUAUUGGAUGCUGGCAGCCUGUUUCCACUGUUCUUGGUGCCUGGGCUCCUUCCGACUAAGGAGCACUUGUGACUCCUUUAAAUUUUUCUGUACCGGUGAUCUCCAUGGCAGCCGAAUCCAAAGCGCUAAGAGCUGGUCGGCUCUUGAAAAGACCGGUGGCUUUUCCAACCCCGGGAAUAGGGUGAAAGGUGACCCUCAUCUCGUUUGGAAGCAAAACCACUCCAGCGUGACAUCUUAGUUCAGUUCCUCCAGAAUAGGUGCCACUAUUGGCCCUUCCCCCCCAACUCCCUCCAAGGAAAAGUUAGGCCCAGUGUUGGGUCCUGCCCGCCACCUUCCAGAUCUUCUAGGUCCCGUUCCCAGGACUCAGCCUCUACCGAGGCCAACUUCAGGUCCUCCACUAUCCCAGGAUUCCCGACGCUCGGUUUCCUGCCCUUCUCCCCUCCCAGCUCCCGGCGCCUGCGGGAGCGGCAAGAUGGCGGACGGGGACGGCUGGGGUGAAGCCGCGACUGCUGCGGCAUUUCCUCCUGCACCUGCUCCCGGCCUGAGCCCGCCGCUGGGCUGGAGGGAGCGGCUGCGGGCCGGGCUGGCGGGAACAGGGGCCUCGUUGUGGUUCGUGGCGGGGCUGGGGCUGCUAUACGCUCUGAGGGUACCCCUGAGGCUGUGUGAGAACUUGGCAGCGGUGACAGGAUUUUUAAAUUCAUUGACACCCAAAUUCUAUGUGGCACUUACAGGGACAUCUUCUUUGAUAUCAGGACUAAUAUUUAGUUUUGAAUGGUGGUACUUCCAUAAGCAUGGCACAUCUUUUAUUGAGCAAGUAUCUAUAAGCCAUUUKCGACCAUUGAUGGGAGGAACAGAAAGCAGCAUUUCAGAGUCAGGUCCUUCUUCAAGCAACAGCCAAAGUGAAACAAGCAGACAGAAUUUAUCGGAAUGCAAGGUAUGGAGAAACCCUUUAAACCUUUUCAGAGGAGCAGAAUAUAGAAGAUACACUUGGGUGACUGGAAAAGAGCCACUUACAUACUAUGACAUGAACUUGUCAGCACAGGACCAUCAGACCUUUUUCACCUGUGACUCAGACUUUUUACGUCCUUCAGACACAGUUAUGCAGAAGGCAUGGAGGGAAAGAAAUCCUCCAGCUCGAAUCAAAGCAGCCUAUCAAGCUUUAGAAUUAAACAAUGACUGUGCUACUGCAUAUGUUCUACUGGCCGAGGAAGAAGCAACCACUAUUGUAGAUGCUGAAAGGUUAUUUAAACAGGCACUCAAGGCAGGAGAAACAAUUUAUAGGCGAUCACAGCAGUGCCAGCACCAGAGUCCUCAGCAUGAAGCUCAACUGAGGAGAGAUACCAAUGUGCUAGUAUAUAUUAAAAGAAGAUUGGCAAUGUGUGCAAGAAAAUUAGGAAGAAUAAGAGAAGCAGUGAAAAUAAUGAGAGAUUUGAUGAAAGAAUUUCCUCCUCUUACCAUGUUGAACAUCCAUGAAAAUCUCUUAGAAUCACUUUUAGAAUUACAGGCCUAUGCAGAUGUUCAGGCAGUCCUAGCAAAAUAUGAUGAUAUAAGCCUUCCAAAGUCAGCAGCAAUCUGUUAUACAGCAGCACUGUUGAAAACAAGGACUGUUUCAGAUAAAUUCUCUCCAGAAACAGCCUCCAGAAGAGGAUUAAGCACAGCAGAAAUUAAUGCUGUGGAAGCAAUUCAUAGAGCUGUGGAAUUUAAUCCUCAUGUUCCAAAAUAUUUACUAGAGAUGAAAAGUUUAAUUUUACCUCCAGAACACAUUUUGAAACGAGGUGAUAGUGAAGCAAUUGCCUAUGCUUUCUUUCAUCUUCAGCACUGGAAACGAAUAGAAGGUGCUCUUAAUCUGUUGCAAUGUACAUGGGAAGGCACUUUUAGAAUGAUUCCAUACCCAUUAGAGAAAGGACAUCUAUUUUACCCUUAUCCUAGCUGCACAGAGACUGCUGAUAGAGAGCUCUUACCUACCUUUCAUCAUGUUUCUGUUUAUCCGAAGAAGGAGCUUCCUUUUUUCAUCCAUUUUACAGCAGGACUGUGUUCUUCUACAGCAAUGAUAGCCCUUCUCACUCACCAAUUUCCUGAAAUCAUGGGUGUUUUUGCUAAAGCUGUCAACUGUACAAUGUGUUAAGUUGCCAUUGGCUAUAGGCCUGGGAGUCUGAGAAUGCAUUGAUUCUGGGACAGGCUUCAAGAAGAAUGAAUUUCCACUGUUGUUCAGGGAGUAUAGAUAUUUAAGUUGGAAACUGACUAUUCUGUUUCCUUUUAAUGUAAAAAGGAAGUUUGUGAUUAAUUAUAUCAUAACUCUGUUGUUUGUAGUGUGCUGAUUGGGAAUUGAGUGCAUCUCAAACUGAAAUGACCUUACUGUGUAAUCUGGUAUGGAAAAAACAAACAAAACAAAAAACAGGACUAAAAAGGGAAUUCCAUUCACUUAAUAGCUAGGAAAAAGGCAUACCUGUGUAUUUAAAAGAUACAGGCAAGCAAUGGGAGGGAUGAUCCAUGGGUUUCUUUCAGGGCAGUGGAGUGGGAAGGAGGAGGUGUAGAGCAAGGAGAUCUAAAAUCUGGAAUAGGUAUGUAGCAAUUGUUAGUAGUAUAGUUCCAUGAGUUACUAGCUAAAAUUAAUGCAAAGUGUAGUCAGUGUAUGCUCUAUUCAUCCUUGUUGGUGUAUAGUGACUGCCUUUACCUAAGAGGUCACUAAUUGCACCUGAAGAGUCUUAAAGAUUACUUAGCAUAAGUUCUUUAGCAUUUCUCCAGCAGCAUCUGAGAGUGAAGAAUUACAUAUUUGAAAGUGAAAAGUUUCUUUUUUAGACCAAAAGUUAUUGAUAU